AUGAUGGGGAACGUCAUGCGUGGCGCUGUGGCCUUCAUCCCCUCCGAGCGCUGCCAGCGUUUCCUGGUGGGCGACCUAAAGGAGAUGCCUCUUGAUCGGACACUAGACCUGAGCAAUUUCCAGCUGCGUCGGCUUCCUAUGGCUGCCUGCCUGUUCAAUGAGCUGGUCAAGCUCUACCUGAGUGGCAACAACCUGAACACCCUACCUGCAGACCUGCAGGACCUGAGGAAGCUGCAGCUCCUAGCUUUAGACUUUAACAGUUUCGAAGAGCUGCCUGCGGCGGUGUGUCAGCUACCCCAGCUUAACAUCCUGUAUCUGGGCAACAACAAGCUCUGGAGCCUCCCCCGGGAGCUGCGUGAGUUGAAAGAACUUAAUACCCUUUGGUUGGAGACAAACCGCUUCAUUGAGUUCCCUAAUGUGGUCUGCGACCUCUCCAACCUCAAGACCCUCCAUCUGGGGUACAACCAGAUAAGCAAACUGCCCAUGGAGCUCAGUGGGCUGAAGGAACUGAGGAGUAUCUGGCUAGCCGGGAACCAGCUGUUUGAGUUCCCGCCAGUGUUGCUUGCCAUGCACUUUCUGACUGUGAUUGAUGUGGACAGCAACAACAUCUGCCGUUUUCCUGGUCUCUCCCACUUGCAGGGGUUAAAACUGGUAAUCUACGACCACAACCCCUGUGUGAACGCACCUGUGGUCGGGGAGGGGGUCAGGAGGGUUGGACGCUGGGCGGACAGCUCAGAUGAUGAAGAGGAUGGUGAGGAUGGGUCGAAAGUGUGUGAGACGCUGACUGAGGUGAAGGAGCUUGCCACAGAGCUUGCCUCAGAGGGAGAAUUGGACACACUACUUGAAAAGGGUCGUGGAAGAAUCUGACCUUCAGCCGUGGAUAGGCUGGAGAACAGGAUGCCAGUCAAGUGGAGCACUUACUGGAGAGCGGCCAUUUGUCUCGGCAUGUUACACAAGCAGACAGGCCUGAUGGUAUUGGCUUCCAAAUAUGGUAAAGCCAAUAAUAUGGACCUAAACACAGAUGACAAAUAAUAAGCUAUUACAAUUGGUUUUCCAUCAUGAUGAAACAUGGACCUCAUGAAAAGCUCCAGGAGAAAUCUCACAUGAAGUUCUCUAUUACAUAACUGUCUGCAGACUAGAAUGAAAUUGUGGCUAGUUUUUUA